UACUCUUUUUCUUUUUCAUCAAGAAAAAAACUUCUACAUAUAGUUCCUCUCAUUCACUCCUUCAAAUACCACCCAAAACCCACUCUCCCCUCAACACUCCUAAUCAAUCUUCCGCCGCCGCAUUCAAUCAAUCGCAACCGCUUUCUCUCAAUGGCCUCCUCACUCGCAGUCAAACGCCUUCUCUCUUCCUCCAACCUUCUCUCAAAGUCUCUCCGUCCCGCCGCCGCCUCCACCGCUUCCCGCUCUUUCAACACCAACGCCAUGCGCCAGUACGACGAACACUCCGAUGAUCGCAAUGUUGAUGUCGAUCGUCGCUCUGAUCGCUCUUUCGCUCGCAAUAACCUCUUCUCAGGUAAUGUGUUCGAUCCGUUUUCUCCAACUCGGAGCUUAAGCCAAGUCCUAAACAUGGUGGAUCAGCUAAUGGACACUCCAUUCGUCUCUGCUACCCGUGGAAUCGGAGCUGCCGGUGGAGUUCGACGUGGUUGGAAUGCGAAAGAAACAGAGGAUUCUCUGCAUCUACGUGUUGAUAUGCCUGGACUUGGUAAGGAAGAUGUGAAGAUCUCUGUUGAACAGAACAUACUUACAAUCAAAGGUGAAGGUGCUAAAGAAAGUGAGGAAGAAGAGGAAGGUGUUCGUCGAUUCACUAGCAGAAUUGAUUUACCUGAGAAGCUUUACAAGAUUGAUCAGAUUAAAGCUGAGAUGAAAAAUGGUGUGCUUAAGGUUAUUGUGCCUAAGAUGAAGGAAGAGGAAAGAAACGAUGUGAUUAAUGUUAACGUUGAGUAGAAUAUGGUGUUUUUGUUAGUUAAUUGAAGAGUUUUGCUUUUAAUUUUCUUUCUAGUGCAAAAAAAGGAACUUGGUUUAAUGGUUGGUGUUUUGAGCUUAAGCUUUGAGAUUUCACCUUUUCAUUGUAAUAAUUACUUGAAAAGCAAUGAAUUAAGUUUCUUUUGAA